CCACCCCCACUGUCCCGCCUGCCUCCCCAGCUGCGUUCUCCGCUGCCCCGUCUGGCCGCCGGUGUCUGCUCCGCCGUUCCCUGCUCUGCCCCGCUCUCCCACACCCCGGACCCCGAAGCGCGUCUCCUCCUCGCACCGCCCCAGCUCCCGCAGCCCCGGUGAAUGCACGAAACGCCAACAUGACCGGCAUCGCCGCUGCUUCUUUCUUCUCCAAUUCCUGCAGGUUCGGGGGUUGCGGUCUCCAGUUCGAGUCUCUGGCCGAGCUCAUCGUCCAUAUCGAGGACAAUCACAUCGACACAGAUCCGCGGGUCCUGGAGAAACAGGAGCAGCAGCAGCCAACGUACCUGGCCCUGAGCUACAUCAACAGGUUCAUGACGGACGCAGCGCGGCGGGAGCAGGAGACCCUGAAGAAGAAGGCCACGCCCAAGCUGUCCCUGUCCAUCGCCGGAGGGGGCGUGUCCAGGAACAGCACGGCCACGCCCCCGCGCCACACCAGCGGCAACCUCACGCCCCCCGUCACCCCGCCCAUCACACCCUCCUCCUCCUUCCGAAGCAGCACGCCCACAGGUAAGACAGGCAGCGAGUACGAUGAGGAGGAGGUGGACUAUGAGGAGUCGGACAGCGACGAGUCCUGGACCACGGAGAGCGCCAUCAGCUCCGAGUCCAUCCUCAGCUCCAUGUGCAUGAACGGCGGCGAGGAGAAGCCCUUCGCCUGCCCCGUGCCCGGCUGCAAGAAGAGAUACAAGAAUGUGAACGGUAUCAAGUACCACGCCAAGAACGGCCACCGGACCCAGGUCCGCGUGCGCAAGCCCUUCAAGUGCCGCUGCGGGAAGAGCUACAAGACGUCCCAGGGCCUGAGGCACCACACCAUCAACUUCCACCCGCCCGUCUCCACCGAGAUCCUGCGCAAGAUCCAGGGCUAAGGCCCCCCCACAGCCCCUCCACCCCACCCCCAUCCCCAACCCCUCCACCUCCCUUACCCCCCCCCCCCCUCAACCCGCCGAGAUCGGAGCACUUGUGCCAAUCGACCCCACCGACCAACCUGCUCAAUGUAGCCCCCCUACCCUCCCCCCACCCCCCCCCCGAAACAAUAGACUUAAGGAUCAUGCUUGAGUGUGUUGUUCUAAGUGCAUGCUUUAAGUUUUUCUUUGGUCGUAGAGGGGAAAGAGGGCGUCCCAAUAUGUUCUUAUUCUUUCGUCCGUCGAGUGGUAUAACGUCUCAAAAUAAUGUUUUGUAUUUCAUCCAUGGUAUAUUGUAUUUUUGACAAAUUAUCUUUAUCUUUGUAGUUCAGUAUUGUACAUUUGCACAUUCAUAUAUGCUGUUGCAUUGUUU